AUCACACAUCCGUGGGCGGGCUGGGAGACAGCUUUUAUGAAUAUUUAUUGAAAGCCUGGCUUAUGUCAGACAAGAUGGACACGGAGGCAAGGAAAAUGUACGACGAUGCAAUUGAGGCCAUAGAAAAACAUCUCAUCAGAAAGUCCAAUGGAGGACUGACGUUCAUUGGGGAGUGGAAGAAUGGGCACCUUGAAAGAAAGAUGGGCCAUUUGACCUGUUUUGCAGGGGGAAUGUUUGCCCUUGGAGCAGAUGGUUCCAGAGAUGAUAAAGCUGGACAUUACUUGCAGCUUGGAGCUGAAAUUGCACAUACGUGUCACGAGUCAUAUGACAGGACAACAUUAAAGCUGGGUCCAGAAGCAUUCAAAUUUGAUGGUGGCGUAGAGGCGGUGGCAGUACGGCAGAAUGAGAAGUAUUACAUCCUAAGACCAGAGGUGAUUGAGACCUACUGGUAUAUGUGGAGAUUCACCCACGAUCCCAAGUACAGGCAGUGGGGCUGGGAGGCAACACAG